AUGUUAUGGAUAGAACAACAACAUCAAGAUGAACCUACUGAAGCAUACUUAUCAUCUCAGAACUUGUGGAUGAUACGAACGCAUAUUAGAAGGAAACUUGACAACCAAACCUAUCUCAUUUUCAACCAAAGAACUGGUCAGCUAUUUUUAAAAAAUCAUUUACACAUCAGCCUGGGCUGGACGAAAAUGGUUGGGUCAAUUAGCGAAAUGAAAACUGCCGAAGAAGCGGCUGACUUAAUUCGUUUAUUACUGAUCGAAAAACAACCUAAACAGAUUGUUGUAACUAGAAAAGGAAUAUUGGAUCCUCUUGAAGAAAAAAAAAAUGAGAAGAACAAGAAAAAAGAGAGCACCGCUUCCAGAAAUAGCUUUGGGUCAGGAAAAAGAAGCUCAGAAGCAAGAAAAUCACGCAUAAUGAACUUAGAAAAAAAACAAGCCGUUAACCAGUGCUACACUGUCUUCCCUGAAUUUCCCACCUCAGAACAAAAGACGACUUCUCUAAGCUUCCUGAUGAUAGCCUUGAUCAAAAAGAAGAAAGGCACACUUGUGAGAACAUGCAUUCUGACUUCUUUGGAGCUUCUUGGUGCUCAUCGAAGAAAUGUCUGA